AUGGAUGCCAUCCACUUCAUCCGCCGUCUCGCGGCUAACGGUCAACCCUAUCCAGCCGACACACCUCGUCCAGUCAUAGACUUUCUGAUGGCCACGGAGGUGGACGGCACUCAUUCGGACGAUACGCGUCCGAAUGGCAGGCAUCACAGUUUGCGUUACUUCCUGGAGGCCUUCGAAUUGUUCCCUGCGACUCCACCAACAUCGGAUGCACCCGCCUGA